AUGUCGAGAGGCGCCACGGGAAGCGCCUUGUCCGGCACCUACAUGUCUCUGAAGGGUCCACCGCUAGCCGCAGUGGGAUCCUCGGACAUGUCGAGAGGCGCCACGGGAAGCGCCUCGUCCGGCACCUCCAUGUCUCUGAAGGGUUCACUGCUAGCCGCAGUGGGAUCCUCGGACAUGUCGAGAGGCGCCACGGGAAGCGCCUUGUCCGGCACCUACAUGUCUCUGAAGGGUCCACCGCUAGCCGCAGUGGGAUCCUCGGACAUGUCGAGAGGCGCCACGGGAAGCGCGUCGUCCGGCACCUCCAUGUCUCUCAAGGGUCCACCGCUAGCCGCAGUGGGAUCCUCCGACAUGUCGAGAAGCGCCACGGGAAGCGCCUUGUCCGGCAGCUACAUGUCUCUGAAGGGUCCACCGCUAGCCGCAGUGGGAUCCUCGGACAUGUCAACAGACGAAACGGGAAGCGCCUCGUCCGGCACCUCCAUGUCUCUGAAGGGUCCACCGCUAGCCGCAGUGGGAUCCUCGGACAUGUCCAGAGGCACCACGGGAAGUGUCUCGUCCGGCACCUCCGUGCCUCUGAAGGAUGCACCGCUAGCCGCAGUGGGAUCCUCGGACAUGUCGAGAGACGCCACGGGAAGCGCCUCGUCCGGCACCUACAUGUCUCUAAGAGUACACCGCUAG